GUGUCCGCCCAGAGGGAAGGGGCUGCUGUGGCUAGAGGUGCUGGGAUGACUGCUGGUGCUGCAGCAGUCACGGGUCAUGCCGACCGGGAGAAGGAGGGGGGCUGGGAAAGGGAGAGGGAUAGAACUAGUGGAGAGGAGGGGAGGGGCGAGGUUGAACCCCAGAAACGACUAAAAGUGGUUUCAAGCUGUUUGGGCAAGGAUGCUGAUGUGGCGAAAGAGGAUGAGGGAAAGGAAAGAGUGGGAGAGAAGGAGGGGGAGAAGAGGGGAAGGGGAGGAGAGGGAGGGGAGGAGGAGGGGGGAGAGAGAAACGAGAGCGGGGAAAGGAUCAUUAGGGAGUGGGGAGUGGUAUAAGGGGGAUUUAGAUAAGGGAGCAAAGGAGGGAAGGGAGAGAGCUGGUGACAAACCAGUGGGAAGAAACGUUUUGUGAGAUGGUAGAUGUUAGAACACCCUAUAGUCGGCGCUUUCAGCACUUUUACAAGUCUCUGUCGUGGCACUGGGAUAACCCUCUCGAUCCUCUCUCUCUCUCUAGGGAGGUACUGGGGAGGCUUUCCUCAGGGAAGGUGGAUAUAUGGAGUCUAACCUUCCUGAUGAUAUCCCUUCUUGUCCCAGUGGUUAGGACUGGUGACUUUAUGAUAGUAUCCACCUUUUGAAUUUUUUCCAAUGGCUAGGAAGGGCAGUAAUAUGGCUGGGACCCUUGACUCAUCAUGCAUGGCUCGGUUGGUUUCCGUGACUCGUCAUUCAAAGUUUUGUUGUCGGAUUUCA